GUACUAAGUAAUAAGUUAAGUAUGUAGUGUAGGUACGUAAGUACAUAAGUCAAGUGUAUUGUGUAUUGUAAAUAUUAGAAUAAGGUUGUGUUUAAGUAUAGAAUAUUGAUAGAUAGAUAGACAGUUUUAGUUGCAAUAUUUACGGAGUUGGAGUUGGAGUAUGUAUGCAAAUGACGACUACAAAGAUUUCUGGAAUGAGUACAAGCUUGUUCAGGAAACAAAACAUACAGCUACUACAGAAGAUGAGGACCAUACAAAAUUGGAAGUUGAUGAGGUGGAAAAUGACACAGAAUUACUACGAGUCAUGGGAAUGGGUCACUUAGUCGAAGUAUUCAAUCAAUGUCGUCAAAUCACCGAUCAACAAUUAGACAUGUCACUACGACAAUUAUCUAAGCGGCAAGCAGAUACUGUACGAAAACGAGUACGUGCACUUAAUUAUACAGUCAAGUCACGAGCGCAUCUAGCAGGAGCACAUGUAGCGAGCAGGAACCGAGGAUGGCAACGUAAACCCGAUAUUCGAAAUGUUUUUAAAUCAGAUGUUGAUGUUGAGACAGCAGACGUAGACGACACCGGAAACGGUAACGAUAGUACAGGCACACGAUCUCGAUCACGGAGUGCAACACCCGACUCAUUGGAUUUCGAUUCAAUUCAAAGCACACCAAUUCAAUCGACAACAACUGAUUGGAAUGCAACUAAUUGGAAUACAAAUGCAGCAACAUCAACGCAACACGAUCAAUCUGCACACACAAACAACCAUCAUCCGCAUUCAUCAAACAAUCUAGUUGGAAGUGUCCCAAGUUUCGUUAAAAUAUUUCAUCAAUCUGAUUUAGAGCAAGCCCAAAUCACAAGUGCACACCGUAGCAGUAGUGAAAGUGAAAAAGAUACGUUGCGUCGUACGCCUAGUGCCCCUCCAAGUUGCAACCGUAAUCGUGGGCUUGAAUCGAAAUCCGAAGAUAAUUGUGACACAUCUAACCAUGUACCAUCCAUAUUACCAUCGACUGAAAUGUUUGGCCGGCCAAAUUGGAGUCAUUAUCGCGAAGCGGUUGCUUCAAAUUCAGAGGGUAUUGAACUAUUAGGAUUUAACCGUAUUGGUACAAUGUAUUGUCCGCGAAAUUCACGUGAACGAGGUCGAUUAAUACGUGACCCACAACCUGAUACACAAACAUCUUCGACGCAUCGUCGGAAUGUAGAUGCUUUAAUUGAUAGUCCGACUCUGAUCCAGCAUCCGCAUCGAUCGCAUGCGCAGUCAUCAUUCCAUCCAAGCAUUCCAUCAAAUGGACCAAUGAGUUUUGAAAUGGCAUUCAACAACAAUCGAAGUAGCUCAACAAUAAAACAAGAAGAGUCUUUGAAUUUAUAUCAAAAUGAAACGAAUAUUGUUAAUAUUGAUGUUAAUUAUAGUUCGAAUGAACAACGAAUAUCUGUAAAUCAAGUCACUGAUCUGGAUUUUAAAGAUAUGACUCCCAUGUUAUGGUUGGAAAUUUGUAUGCUCUUCGAUAAACAUUCCUUAAAAAUUCAUCGGCGUAAACCGUUAAAACGAAAACGAAAAGAAGAUGGCAACUUAUUUGGUGUAAAUUUAUCAACAUUAGUGAUGCGUGAUUAUCAAUUUAUAAAUAAUGAUAACGAUCACGAUCCAUGCAAUGCUAGUGCUGAUAACAGUGCGAACAGUAACACUACCAGCAGUGAUGAUGCAGUGCCAUUGAUAAUACGUGAUCUAUUGUCACGUCUAUCAACCGACGCCAGACUCAAAGAAGAAGGACUGUUACGAGUGGCGGGUAACAAACAACGUGUUGAACUCCUGUGUACUGAGUUGGAACAGCACUUUUAUACCAAACAAGAAUCAUGUAAAGCAUUAUUAAACAAAUCAACUAGUCAUGAAUUAGUAUCUAUUUUAAAGAAGAUUUUAAGAGAUUUACCGCAACCUUUAUUUACAACAGAAUUAAUACAUUUAUUUUAUGAAACACAUGCUAUUCAAGAUCCUCAUGACCAAUUGAAUGCAUUAAAUUUACUUAUUCUAUUGUUACCAGUUCAAAAUCGGACAACUCUGUAUGCGUUGCUAGAGUUCUUCAUUCAAGUGGUGCGCCAUCAGCAUUUUAAUAAAAUGAAUUUACACAACGUAGCUAUGAUAAUAGCACCUUCAUUAUUUCCACCACGAUACAUUUUUACAACAAAAAGUCAAACAAAAAACAACGAUUUAAAUUCAGAGAUUGCAUUUGCAGCGACUUGUUGUAAAUUAACUGAAACAUUGAUAGAGCAUGUGCAAUUAUUACAAACAAUUCCAGUGGCGUUAUUGAAACAAGCUAGAACUACAAAUACAACUAGAAACUAGAUUAAUAUUAAUUAUUAUAUGAAUAUGAGUGAGUGAGUGAAUGAGAGAGAGUGAGUAAUUAAUGUUUGUGUUAAUGAAUGAUUAGGUACCUACACCUACACCAUUGUUAACUAAUCAUCACACUAUUAGGUGUACUAUUAAUUAAUUUAUAAAAUAUAAAUUAAUUAUAAUGAA